AUGGCCAAGCUGCUGAAGCCGUCCAGACUGGACACAGAUCCCAGCUCACCCACUGCAGCCAAAGAGUGGAAGCACUGGUAUAAAACAUUCACUAUCUUCAUAGAAGAAAGUGGAGAUGCUGCACCAAACAAGUUUAGGGCGUUAGUGAAUUGUGUGUCCCCAAGUGUGUAUGAAGUCAUUGAGGACUGUGGAACUUUUGAGAGUGCAAUCACCAAACUGGAGAGUGCUUAUGUCAAGUUGCCGAAUGAAGUUUUUGCCAGGUUUGGACGGCGGCCCAUGGCGGUGGCGAGUACUUUGGUGCUAGUCUCAACGGGGAUAUGUACGAGCUGGCUGCCGAAUGUUAACUUGAUCAUCAUUGCUCGAUUCUUGUUAGGAUUUUGCCACAUGUCGGGUAAAGGAGCUGUUUAUGGUUUAGUGAUGGAAACCGUUCCCCCUCGAAUGCGGGCCAUAGUGGGGAUGGCCACAGGCGUCGGCUGGGGAUUAACUGUUGCAGUGCUUGGCGGGCUGGGUUACUACAUCAGAGAAUGGCGCCGCCUCCAGCUGCUGAUGUCUCUCCCGUUCAUCCUUCUCUUUCCAGCUGUUUUGUUAAUGGACGAAUCCCCUCGGUGGCUAAUCGUGCACGGACGCAGGGGAGCAGCUUUCCGGGUGCUGACUAAAGUUGCGGCCUGGCACAGAGUUCGAUUACCCCCAGCUUACAGGAUCAACAACAUCAUGGAUAAAAUUCUUGCAAAGGUAAGUAUAGAAUUUUCUGAUGACUUAUAA